AGUUUCAGCUCAGUGACCUCUCAGCUUUAGCACCAAGCUAGAAUAACAAAUAAAAGGAAGAUGACGGAGUCGCGACAAACCCAAUACAAAAAUAUGGGCAAGGACAGUGAAGCUCUGAGGAAGAGUCGUGUGGAAAAUAUUAUUUCAAUUCGAAAAGAUAAACGUGAAGAAACACUGUCAAAGCGUCGUAACAUACCUGUUGAGUCGUUGGAUUCGGAUGAUGCAUCAACGAGUGCAGGGGGUGUAGUUGUUAAUGGAACAUACAAUCGCAGUAUUCUGGAAGAUAUUGUUAAGAGAGCAAGCAGUCAGGAUCAGGAGGUGCAGCUCGCAGCUGUGCAACAAGCACGAAAAUUGUUGUCAUCUGAUCGUAAUCCACCAAUUGAUGAUUUGAUUGCCUCUGGUAUUUUGCCGAUAUUGGUGCAGUGUUUAAGUUCCAACAAUGUAACACUGCAGUUUGAAGCAGCAUGGGCAUUAACAAAUAUUGCAUCUGGAACUUCGCAGCAAACGCAGUCUGUUGUUCAGGCUGGCGCUGUGCCCUUGUUCUUGGAACUUCUGUCUUCGGGCAAUAUGAACGUUUGUGAGCAAGCUGUUUGGGCUCUUGGAAAUAUUAUUGGUGAUGGUCCACAUUUUCGCGACUACUGUAUUCAGCUUGGAAUUGUUGAACCACUGCUGAAAUUCAUUACACCUGGGAUCCCGAUUGGAUUCCUUCGUAAUGUUACUUGGGUUAUCGUCAACUUAUGUCGUUCCAAGGAUCCGCCACCAUCACCAGAAAUUGUUCAAACACUUUUACCUGCGUUAGCUGCCCUGAUAAGUCAUACGGAUCAAAAUAUAUUGGUGGAUACCGUAUGGGCAUUAUCAUAUCUCACGGAUGGUGGAAAUGAGCAAAUCCAAAUGGUCAUUAAUAGCGGUGUUGUGAGCAAUUUGAUUCCACUUCUUUCCCAUCCUGAAGUAAAGGUCCAAACUGCAGCACUUCGUGCUGUCGGAAACAUCGUUACUGGAACGGAUGAGCAGACACAACUUGUUUUGGACUGUGGCGUUUUACAGCAAAUGCCUGCAUUACUUUCGCAUCAGAAGGAAAAAAUAAACAAGGAAGCUGUUUGGUUCCUAUCCAAUAUAACCGCUGGAAAUCAAGCUCAAGUGCAAGCUGUGAUUGAUGCUGGCUUAAUGCCAAUGAUUAUUCAUUUACUGGAAAAGGGGGAUUUUCAAACGCAGAAGGAAGCAGCAUGGGCAGUUUCGAAUGUAACAAUCAGUGGACGUGCCGAACAAGUGGAAUAUAUGGUUUCACAGGGUGUUAUACCACCGUUUUGUGCCCUACUUUCUAUACGUGAUUCACAAAUUGUGCAGGUUGUUCUGGAUGGCCUCAACAAUAUUCUCAAGAUGGCUGGACCUCGCUCGGAAGCAAUCUGUACAAUGAUUGAGGAAUGCGGAGGUCUGGAUAAAAUCGAACAUUUGCAAAACCAUGAAAGUGAAGAAAUCUACAAGCUGGCUUACGAGAUCAUCGAUAAUUACUUUUCGGAAACCGACGAUGAUGGAAUAGCGACUGGCGAUCAUUUCUUUGAAUCAACUCAGCAGAAUGUUCCAUCGGAGGGAUUCUCGUUCCAAUAACAAGGGUGUCGACAUUUGAAGAAUUUUUCACUAAUCCUUAAUCCCCGUCUGUCUACCCAUUCCCACCAGGUAUUUUGUUUGUCGUCCCGGAGAAUUAGUGCAGAAACGGCCGAAUUGUAAAACUUAUUUUUUUGUUGAAUUAACUUCAUGCCGUUUUGAAUAUAAGUGGAGAGACCUUUGUUGUAUCUAUCAAAAUUUUUUUUGUUCCCUAAGUUGAUUGUUUGUACCCUUUUCAGUUGCCUAAUUUGUUUUAAAAAAAAAUGCUUAAUGAUUGAUUGUUCCGUUUGAGUUAUUUGUCUGUUAUUCAAUCAAGAAGCUAUAAUCUCUAUCUUGUAUGAGGUAAAUUUAUUUUCUUUUUAUUUCAGAUAGUUUUUUUCCCGUUGGUAUGUAUGUUUCUUGCAAUGAAUAUUUUUUGUCUGUUUUUUGAUGAUUUUUGUAUGUAUGUCUUCACAUGUAAUUCUGCCAUCUUUUUGAAAUAUCCCACACCGAACCACGCUCGCUUAUCGUAGUGUUUUUUCGUAGUAAAGUGAAACUAAUCUACAAAGGGCAGCGAUGAUUUUCAGAAAAUAUUUAAGACAUUUUACGUAUGAGUGUCACUGUAUGAGUCUCUCCUCUAUCAUGAUUCUUGGAGCUGUUCGAUCACUUGGGCAAUAUGCGUUGCGAACAUGCAUACCAGACUUGAACAUUAGCCUUCCAGAAAAGACCCACCGUGCCAGUCAAACUUUCGGUUUUAUGCGUGAUCAAGUUAACGUUUGCCAGAGCCGUCUGCUUUCUUCAGUCCACUUUUUAUGUAAAGAGCUUCCCCAUUACUUAAAUCACUAUUUUUGUUUUGUUUGAAGAACUUUGCAGUGUCAAUUUUUUUAAAUCCUAAGCAUCGCUUUUUAAUCAUGUUUCAAGACCUCAUGUAAGAGGUUCUCUGUUUUAUCGAUUCUGCCCAAAAAAAAAGGAAGCCUUUUAGGUUUUGAUAAAGUUAAAGUAUAAUUUUUCCUAUAAACGGGUAUUUUGUUGGGCUUGUUUGUACAGUCGAAUCCAUCAUUUGCUAGUGUGAAAUUAAACGACUUGUUUUCUUUCUUUUACGUAGGAUAUUUUGUGGUUCUUUUCCAACAACUUUGGUGUGAUUGCUUCAAACAGCAGUGACCUUAGUUCACUAAUUGUUUUUUGCCAGACUGCUCAGUUUUCUUCCGUUAGUUUUGAAGAAAUCAGUGACACUGCAUUCCGUCUUUUUCCUGACUCUCCAGAAAAAACAUUUUGCGAGGGAGGCUUCUCAUGGUAAUUCAAAUUCUAUGUUUGACUGUAUGAUAUGAAUGCUUGGGUUAUGUUUGUAUGUAUGCUUUAAGUUUGGAAUUUAAGUUUCUUCAAUUUCUUCCGACUUUGACUGUAUCGCACGCUUUGAGCUAGAUUAUAUUUUAUUCGUUUUUAAAUUGCGAAUCUCCAAAUCUUUCUGUGGUUCUUCCUCUCAUCUUUUGCUUUUAAUUUUCCGCCUUCUAUUCUUCCCAUUCAGAAAAGGUCUCUCCAGCUCCAUGUCUGAAUCCCUAUGUUAAGCCUUGCCCAAUUGCCUCUUGUCUCUCUGCGUUCUAACGUUAUUAACUUAUGUUUAGUCCAUCAUUUUAAAGAAAUACAUUUUCCUACACCUCAGUUCGAGAGUUCGCAGGCAUGAUGUUUUUCCUCGAAGUUGAAAUAAUCAUAGGACGGUUAUGAAGUCAUAGAGCAAUGCACACUCCAGUCGAUUUCCUCAAUAAAUUUUCCUUCCAGGGAAGAUUCAGAAUGGAUUUCUCGGCUAUACAUGUAAGCUACAACGUACCCGUACGUGAAUGGUCUUAAGAAUUUUGUUCCUUUACUCUGUUGAAGAAAAUGAGACGGUAAGCUGGGUUCUCCUCAGGAGUGGUCUUCUUCAAAUGUUUUAAGAUUUCUUUUGCUAACCCACAGUAUCGCACAAACAUUAUGUAAAUCUUCGACUGUUUAUAUUUUGUAUUUUUACGUUCAUCUUUUUUUUGUAAUUUUAUCCUCAUAUUAAAGUCGCGUACUAUAUUCUGUGAUAAUUGUGAGCAGAAGACUAC